AUGAGACUUGCUCGAAAGACGCUAUUACGGCCCAGAGUGGGCACUUUUCGAGUAAACACCGCCCCGCUGUUGUGUAAACACUUACAUACAGUCUCGAAAACCACUACAGUCACUUCUUUGAGAGCACCGACACUGAUCACCAGUUCGUGCACUACUACGACUGCUCCGUCUCGACACCUUUCUACAAGCUCCUCGGUUGAAGAACAGACGGAAUGUGCUUCGUGUAACACUCCUUUCCACACCGAGGAUCGAGAUCAGCCUGGAUUUUUCGUAGAGCCCAAGAAAGUCAACAUCAAACAGGAAACAGAUCGGUUCAACUCCCUAAUCGAUAACAUGAGUGCUGAGAACCUGGAGUUUCUGGCCCGCGAGCAGAAUCUAGUAAGCAAUGACGAGCCCUUUGACGUUUUUGAGGCGAAGAAAUAUUACACCCAAAAGGUCAAACUGAAAGGAGAAGGCCCUAGAGUGUGUUUGCGAUGUCACGAGCUGCAACGAAACAACAUUGAUGAGCGUGUUCCGUUUGUCAACCAAGUUAGAGAGGCCUACGAGUUGAAAGAGGAUAUUCGAAAAUACAACCAGGAGAUUUUGGACAUGAUUUCGGCUGAGGCUGACACUGCUACGGUGUUUCUGACUUGUUCCAUUCACGACUUCCCUGCCAAUGUUCCCAUCUUUUUGAGAAAACGACGGAAUUUGAAACUCAUCCUCACCAAGGCUGAGGGCGUCAUCUACGUGCCGCAGAUCAAUUCAGUCAACGUGCAAUUGUGGGCCGCUGCUCAAAUGCAGAGCCUUGGUUUCAAAAUGUCCGCUGACAAUGUCCAUUUCUUCUCCGCCGAACAUGACAAGUCUGGAGGUCAUCACCAAUUCUCCAUGUACGAUCUGCAGCAUGAGAAGAAUGCCUUCAUUGUCGGUUAUCCCAAUACUGGCAAGACUUCUCUUUUCAAUGUUCUCACCGAAGCCAAAUUCAGCAAGGACGCCAAUGAAUUGCGAUACGCUCUCCCCAAGAAUAGACGGGAGCUCAAAAAGUGGAAGAACACCUCGUGGCACCCUGAACAGACUCUUAUGCCGUGCACUAGAAAGAUGGGAAUGGGCAGGAUCACAGAUAUGCCUGCUUUCAAGCGAGCCAACUCUCCCUGGAGUCUGGUUGAUCCCACCAACAAUUCUUACCUCACCGACAAAAUGAUUCUGACUGAUAAUGCCCGCAAAUUUGCCGGUUCUGAUAUCCACAUCAAACGGAACCAGGUUGCUCUUGUGAGCGGUCUGUUUGGAGUUGAAACCACCCCUGACUCCGAAUUGCUCGUGUGGACUUCUAUUCCCGGUAAAAAUUGUCUAGCCAAGCAUACCAACGCUGCCAAGGCCAAUUUUGUGUGUCGAAAGGGCAAGGAUCACGGCAGAGCCCAGUACAACCUGUUGGAUAUGGGCAAGGAGGAUCUUCCUCAGCUGGCUGAGCUUGGUACUGUUUCUUUUGAUAAAGAAGACGGAGUUGGUGUUGAGGUGGCCUUCGAAGGAGCUGGCUUUGCGCGAAUCAAACGGACCGGCUCCAAGGAGCACGGGUCGCCCAAGGCUGUCAUUUGGGGUUUCCCUGGACAAGUUUUCGCCUUCCGACAGCCUCUGUGUGAGAUCAUGUUGAACAACGAUAUGACUGUUAAGGGCUUUUUCGGACUCAAGGACCCCAACUGGAAGAGCAACCGACAACCAAUGUUCAACUACAAGGUCGACUUCCAGCCUACAGGCAACGUGGAGCAGCUGGGAGGCUCAGAGUCCAACAUGUACCGAGUCAAGGAGGGGGCGUUCACGCAGUUUUCUCAAGAGCAACUGAUGAGAGCCAAGCGAGUUGACCCCAAAACUGCCAAAGCGUUCAAGGUUCAGCAAGAGCUGAAGCUCAAAAACCGUUCUCGAGCUCCUGACGGCGACGAGUUCCUGUCUCCUGAUGAUUUGGAGAUCAUGGACAAGGCCAAUGAGCGAAUUCGACAGAAAAAGGGCACUUCCAAGAAAGGAGAUAAGAAGGCGCAGGGUCUGAUUUGGACAAAGGUGGGCUCCUCCAAGAACAUCAAGUCUUGGAAGUGGCUGACACCCGAGGAGGCCGAGAAACACGCUCAUAACCAGGACCCGAACUGCAUGUGGUUCAAGCAAAAGCAUGGUGACCAGACCUUCGAGGAGGUUAUUGCGAAGUACAAGAAGAGAGGCAAUCGGUUGAAUAGUGGAGGAAGGAGAUGA